AUGAGGGCGUGCCUCAGCCUGCUUUUCACUCUCUGCCUGCUCCAUGGGGGCGGAGCAGAGAGUGACGGAGGCGGUCGGCGAUGCCAGCUGCCACCAGCCUGGAGGAUAGGGGAGCUGGAGCCCAUGAAGGGGGCCAUGGGCCAGGUGACAGUGGUGGCCCUUUUCCAGGCCAGCUGAUUGUUCUGCUUGGUGCAGGCUUCCAGGUAUUUGCCCUUCAUGUGUUGACCAAUGCUAAACCCUGAACUCUCGCAGUUCACUUUGUACAUUCAAGAAAAUCAUUAAAUCCUAUUGCAAAACCAAAAGAGCUAGCAUGACUAGCAGCUUGGUAGGAAUUUGUCACAAAAAUUAUUAUAAGAUUUGACAGGGUCUCUUAUGUUUCAUGGCGCUCUCUCUGCUUGAUAAAAGGGCAGCAAUGUAUAACACGGUCAUACUUGCUUUCUUAUGCUGCAAAAAUGCUUUUUAUUAAUUCUUCGUCCUAUGUCAGACUAUUUACAAAAGAUUUUUCAAGCUUUUUUGUCUUUGCAACUGGUUUUUAAUCUUGAAACGUUCUCACUUGAUCAGACUGGAAUCCCUGCGCCUGAAGCUGGAGCGUCAAGGUCUGACGGGUGUGCGCUACAUCGUCGUUAACGACCAGGGGGAGCAGGCUCAGCGCCUGCACCCCUUGCUGGCACAGAGACUAUCAGAGAACAUCACCCUCUACAAACAGGAUGAUCAACAGCCUAAUGUUUGGCAGACUCUGAAUGGAAUCAAGGACGACUUUCUCAUCUAUGACAGGUUUGUCAUUCUUAGCCAGAGUUAGAUUCAAAUAUAAGAAAGAGAAAAUAUUUUUUUCUUUUCUCUCUGUCUCACCAUGCCUUUCCUCUUGUUUCUGUUCAAUCAGGUGUGGUCGUCUCACUCACCACAUUUCCCUUCCAAAUUCCAUCAUUGGAGAAGGUCAUGUUGAGAGUGCCAUCAAAGACACCUACUGCAAACCCCUGUGUGGAGUCUGCCCUUAUAUGGUAUGAACCACUCUUAAUAUCAAGAACACACAUUGAUUCAAUGAAAUUAAGUCUUUUACCAAGUCUUUGUUACACACUAACAUAAAAUAAUCAUGUUCAACUUUUUCUUUGCUUUUGUUUUUUUUCCACAGAGCGCUGAACCACCAGAGGAAUGCAAAGAACAACCAGAUGUUCAGCCUGAUAAUCCCCCAGAGGGACAUGAUCAUAACCAUGGGCAUGGUGCUCACCAUCAGGGACAUGACCAAGGUCAUGGCCACCAAGGGAAUCACCAUGGUUCCCACCCUGGUGGCUCUGGCCAUGGCCGUGAUCAUGACCAUGGUCAGCAACAUGGAGAUCAUGGUGGCUUUGGCCAUAGUGGUGGUCAACACCAUGGAGAUCAUGGUGGCUUUGGCCAUGGUAACCAUGAUCGCCAUGGAGAUCACAGAGGCCAUGGAGGUGAUAAUCAGCAUGGUCAGGGUCACCAGAGGGACGUUCAUGGUUCUCACCACAAUGCCCACCAUGAUCAUCACCAAGGGCACCAAGGGCAGCAGAGAGAUACAGGAGUGUCUCUGCAGCAACAUCAGUCAGACUUAGAGCAGCUAGUGUUGCAAAUGCAUCAAAUGCAAAGGGAUUCACAGGCAGCCGCUGUGGCACCCUGA